CUCCUCCUCCUCCUCCUCCUCCUCUUCUUCCUCUUCCUCAGCGGUCAAAGUCUGAAGCUUCAGGGUGGGUGCGAGGAAUCGAACCUCAGCCUCUUCCUCAAACUCCCACUCUUCUUCAUCAUUUACACAAAUCAACUCCGUCUCCUCGUUGAGACUGUUCAGCACCACGGACAGCGCCUUCUCUCCUGCGGUGUGUUCAGUCUACACCAGCGCUCAGCGCCAACGGGCGGAGCUUCACCUUCACCUUCCUCCUCUCCAGCUGAGUCCAGUGUUCAGGUCUGGUCCGGACCCCCGUCCAGCGGCUCAACAUGGCGGGUCAGGAAAAGCAGGUCACAGGUUACCUCCUCUUCUCUCUGGCCACAGCCGUCAUCGGCUCCCUGCAGUUUGGAUACAACACCGGAGUCAUCAACGCUCCUGAGGAGAAACUGAAGUCCUUCUUCAACCAGACGUGGGUGGAGCGUUAUGGGAAGUCCAUCAGCCCAAACAUCUGCACCGUCGUCUGGAGCAUUGCUGUGGCCAUCUUCAGUGUGGGCGGGAUGGUGGGCUCCUUCAGUGUGGGCGUCAUGGCCAACAGAUUUGGAAGACGUCGCUCCAUGUUCCUGGUCAACUCUCUGGCCGUCAUCGGUGGGCUCCUCAUGGGCUUCUCCACCAUCUGCUCCUCCUAUGAGAUGGUCAUCGCUGGUCGCCUGGUCAUCGGCCUCUUCUGCGGACUCUUCACCGGCCUGACACCCAUGUAUGUCGGGGAGGUGUCGCCCACUCCCCUCAGAGGAGCCUUUGGAACUCUGCACCAGCUGGGGGUGGUGGUGGGAAUCCUGAUCGCUCAGAUCUUUGGUCUGGAGGCUCUGCUGGGCUCACAGAGGCUCUGGCCCCUCCUGUUGGCCCUCACUGUGGCCCCUGCUGUGCUGCAGUGUAUCCUGCUGCCCUUCUGCCCUGAAAGCCCCCGUUUCCUGCUCAUCAACCUCAAACAGGAGGAGCAGGCGCGUAAAGCUCUGGUUCGUCUGCGCGGCAGUGAGGAUGUGAGCAAAGACCUCCAGGAGAUGAAGGAAGAGAGCGCUAAGAUGGCCGUGGAGAAGAAGGUGACCAUCCUCGAGCUGUUCCGCUCGGCGUCUUAUCGUCAGCCGCUCCUCAUUGCGGUGAUGCUGCAGCUGUCGCAGCAGUUGUCAGGAAUCAAUGCCGUCUUCUACUACUCCACUGGAAUCUUCUCUGCUGCUGGUGUGAAGCAACCAAUCUACGCAACCAUCGGAGCUGGAGUCGUCAACACUGUCUUUACUGUGGUGUCUCUCUUCCUGGUAGAGAAGGCCGGGCGUCGGACUCUACAUCUCCUGGGUCUGGGUGGAAUGGCCGUCAGCGCUCUGGUCAUGACCGUCUCCCUCCUGUUGUCCAACAUCGCUGCCAUGAGCUACGUCGCCAUCACAGCCAUCAUGGUGUUUGUGGCCAUGUUUGAGCUGGGGCCCGGGCCAAUCCCAUGGUUCAUUGUGGCAGAGUUGUUCUCUCAGGGGCCACGCCCAGCUGCCAUGGCUGUGGCCGGCUGCUGCAACUGGACCGCCAACUUCUUGGUUGGAAUAAGUUUCCCUAAACUGGAGGAGUUGUGCGGACCGUGGGUCUUCAUCAUCUUCACCAUCUUCCUCAUCAUCUUCUUCAUCUUCACCUACAUCAAAGUUCCGGAGACCAAGGGAAAGACCUUCGACGAGAUCGCCCGCAGCUUUAGCUCCGCCCCUCCUCCUGCCUCGUCUUCUAUUGAAGAAGCUCCUGCAGCUGCUGGCGUGACACUUCCUGCUCCACCCAUCAAGGAGAAGGUGCCGCUGGUGGAUGCCAAGGCUGAAGCUCCGCCUCCUGCAGCUGAAACCACACCCCUGGCUGUGACUUCGAUGACCGUGCAGGAGAGCGUGUAGAGUUAAACAGGAAGGGGAGGGUCUUUGACACAGGAAGUGUCGUCGUUAAGAAUCAAAAACCACUUUAAUUAGCGUUAGCCGCUCGCUCAUGUCGUUCACUUCCUGUCGUACAGAGUUGACGUAUUAUUCCCUUUGCGUACUUGUUCCCAGUGAU